GUUGAAUCAAAGGCGUGGCUCUUGCUAUUGGAGCUCUUGUCGUUCCAUGCAAAAUUGAUUUGUAUGGGUAUGGCUUCCAAAACUUAUUGGAGGCAGACAAGGCCCGAACAUGUUGACGAACUCAGGGUUUUGCGAGAGGCAAAAAAUACCGAGAGAAAUACACUCCAUCAAAGAAAUAGGGAAUGUGAGCGAGAGGGGCGUGGACAUUUUGUUGCUGUCAUGGCAGAGGUAUAUAAUGCACCGACUUGCAGCGUCCUCCGCGCCGAUUGGCAAGCAACGCCGCCAGUGGUUCUGGGGCCGAGCGCAAGGUGAUCGCUGUGCAGGCUGGCGCAGAGGAAGCCCGGGACGCGGCGGAGGCCUCGGAGAGCGGCUUUAACGAGGCGAAGGAAAGAAAAAGCGGGCGCUCUGGAUGGUGGGGCGCGGGAAAUCAAACAAGAAGGAGCGGCACUGCAGGGCGAACUCCAGGAGGUGAAUGAGAGGAGAGCUUCAGGAGGUGAGCAGGAUACUCGAGCCGAUGUGGAGGCCCUGGCGCCCGCAGUUCGAGCACCCGACGCGUAGGCCGGUUGUUGCGGCUAUUUAUUAGCUUGCAAGCGCGCGCGCCCGCCGGCUCGCGCGGGGAGUUGCAGAAGCGUGCGCGGCCCUCGUUUGGGUUGCGCCUUUCCUUGUGUCGGCCGCGCGCCCCAUGCGCCGACUCGCCCCGGGCCGCGACAUGCUGCCCGGCGGGGGCCCAAGCCGUGUGCCCUGUGUCCGCUUCACGCAGACACCACCCCGGGCGGCCCUUGUGUUCUGGCCCCGUGUUGGUUGUCUAGUGUGCCUCGCUUCCAGGUUGCAAGGUUGGCGGCCCUUCUAAGGCCGAGCGACGGCGGCAUGGCGCCCACGCUCUCGGCAGCCCGUGCAAGCUGUGUUUGCGGGCCCGGCCGGCCAGCGCGGUGGCCGAGCAUGGGCGCCUCGUAUCUGUGUACCAACCCACGGCGCUGCGUUGUGUUGGCCUGCCUGAGGCCCUUCGCCUUCGAAGACAGCUGC